UCCACACAAGCCAGAGACCCCAAAAGGUUCCCUGCUGAGAGUCUAGAGAGUUUGGGAGCUUGUUUUCUGAUCUCUCUCUGAUAAUGGAUACACCAGGUAAGUGAUCCUUGUGUUUUGGAAGCUCAUUCUGCAGGGCUUUAUAUACUGAGCAUUAGUUGGGAGUAUCUCACUUUAUAGCUGAUUAAUUCUGUGAUGGUCUUAGAAGUUCCUCACUGACUGUUACUGUUUGUCAGAACUCAUCUGUGAUCUUAAAAGGGAAAUUAUAGUCACCAGAAUCACUACCACUUAAGGCAGUAGUUCUGGUGAUGAAACCUACAGGCUUUGCAAUGUAAAUACAAUGUAUUUCUCUUUUACACUCUAGUACCACCUCGAGGGGCUUUCUGUGUUUACCUUCAGUCUCAACACUCUGCAUGGUGAUAGAGGUGUUACUCUAGUACCCAAACGCCUGGAUUUAAAACCUAACCUGUGCUGCUAACCUUGCACCCUGUUUCUCAAAUUAGGGCCAAAUCCAAAUAUAGAAAACUGUGCUGCCAAAUGUGCACAAGGAGUGCUACAUACAGUUUAAAUGGCCUUAAUGUUGGUAUUGACAAAGUGGAAACACUGUAUUCUUGUUGGUGCUUCAAAUAAACUAUAUGAAACUCUCUAUGUAAACUUGACAUUUAGUUAAUCUUCCUUGGUUUCUUUGCUUUCAAUCUGAGGAGAUACUAAUUGAUUCAGUGUUUGUGCAAAGCAGACACACUAACCUCCUAAAUGAUUUCCUAUGGGGGUCAUUGGAUGGGUUGAGAUCAUCAAAACUGAUCACAUCCACAUACUGGUAUGGGAGAAAAGGUGAGCAAAAUCACCUUGUUAGAGUGAGCCAUGCUAGCAUUAGAAUCAGUAAUCCAUGUUUCUAUUUCUUACACUAGUGUUCCUUUAAAUAAACUCUCUGGAUUAAAAAUGUCUAAUUCAAAAUUUAACCUCAGCUGAUCUGGUGACACACUUUCCUGUUUGGCUAUAUACAUUUAAAAUUGUGCCUAAUGCUGCUGGUAGGGUAGCACAUUAAAAACCCAGGACAGUGGGACAGAACCUUAAUACUGCAUACCUCCCAAAUGUCCCUACAUUGCAUAAAUUGUUAGGAAGUCUCCUAAAACAUCUCGCAACAGGCUAGCUCCUGGCCACACUGACAUCUCUAAAACGAAUGUGUCCUCCUUGGUUUAUUUGAAAUCUUUGCAGAUAAAAAGAACCCUGUAAUGUAGACCAAAAGAAAUGGCUCCUGUCUGGAGCUCUGGGUUCUGGAAGGGUUGUUUCCUGUGCUGCUGGGGUUUUAUUGAACUGUCUUCAAUCCAAUUUAAACCUUCAAUAUCUAGGCUUAUGACUUAAAUCCCUUGCAGUUGUACUUUCAUAUUGUGUUGUGGACUACCAAUAGUGGCUAUAACCUCUUCCUAUUGACUUCCAGAUACCCUCCUGUUUGCUGUGAAGGAUUAUGUUGCCAGAGCUGGAUUACCACCCAAGAAUCUUCUGGAUAGCUUUGAUGCCAGAUCUAGCAUUGUAGGGAAGCUGAAUAAUGUCAGUAAGAUUGCCUUUAACCCAGAAGGGGUGCUGUUUGCUGUGCGUGGUAAAGAACUCUUCAUGGGAGCUAUGCCUUCAGAUCCAAACCUGGACUUUUUCUCUACUGCCAAGAGAGUGGGCAAAACUGACUGGGAAGGGUUUAAAUUCAUCUUCUUUGAUCCAAAUGGCCUUCUGUAUGCAUCUACCAAGAAUGGGGAGUUCUACAAGGGUCCAGCACCGAGCAAUGAAAACGUGUCCUGGCUUUAUGGCCAAGCCACCAAAAUAGGAACCGACGGCUGGCAUGAAUUUGAUGCCCUUUUCUUUGACCCUAAAGGCAUCCUGUAUGCAGUGACCAGUGACGACAAGCUUGUGAUGAGAAGCCCUCCAACCAAACCAGACGAUAACUGGCUUGCCUCCAGCACAACCAUUGGAAAAGGAGGCUGGCGCAUUCUGACCCAUUUCAUGGCUUUCACCCUAGAGUCAGACCUGUGGUGUGUGGAUUCAAAGAAUGGCAACAUCUAUAAAGGACCAGCACCGACCAAGGCUGAUACCAACUACAUUGAAAAGGCAGAGAAACUGGGCUGGGGUUACAAUGUCUACCCCCUCCUUUCCUUCACCAUUGAUAAAACCAUCCAGAGUAUUGUGAGCUUUGAAUUCUUGCCAGAUUCAGGGAAAAUCCUAUCCCAAGGCACAGAGGUGGUGCAGACCCAGAUCUAUAACAACAAGAGCAGCACUCCAUUAAAGCACACCUUCUCGUAAGUAAUGGAAACCUCAAUCUCAUCCACUCAGGGAUCCCAAUUUCAACUUGCCACUGGCGAGUGACCACUUCAGCUGUGGCAAGCAGAAAUUCACCCUCAGUGUUCCAUGGAUCCUUCAGGCUUGCAGUAGUCACUCACUUCUAGGCCUGACUAAUGGAAUAGGACUUUAGCUCUGCAGGUACUUAUACCUAUUGGCAAGAUUACAUAGAGUACAGGAUGGUGCACUAUAUACAAUACUUUGAAUACUAAAAGGUUGGUGGUCUCUCUACAUUAAAAUCCUUCAUAAGUUACAUGAUUCUAUAAUGGCUGAAUAGAGCAUGGUGUCUGUUUUACCAAGGUUGAGGAAAGCCUUGUUUACAGUCCUAGGGCUACUUAUUGGCAGAUAGUGCUUUGUUAUAAUGCCUGUGUUGGUGCUUGUGACUCUUCUAUGCAAAACAAAGGUUUAGGUGGUCCAAGAAAGGAAAGAUUAAUCAAACUAGAUGACAAGCGGCAACAGUUUGACCUUUAAGGUCUUUCUCUGAAUGGGAAGUUUGCAGGAUAGAUUUGGGAAUAUAAUUGCCAUUAGAUGUGCUCUGAGGUUGUUCUGUUGAACAAUUGUGUGUUCUGGAUAUACUGCUCUUACAUUGGUCAUAGUCUUCAACACUGCUGCCAGUCCUCCUUAAUGAGUGAGCUUCACUUAUGUGAUGCUUUUUCAUUCAUUUUGUGACUGCUUCUAAAAUGAUGGGGUGUAUCCCUUAUUUGCUAGUUUGAGGAAGACCUUAAAGGUUGAAACAUUGCUGCUGAUCUGGUUUAAUUAAACGUUCCCUUUAUUUUUGGACCAUGGAGUGCCUAAACCUAUGUCUUUGCAUACGGUAUCUGGGAUCUAGUGCUGGUCACUGGUUUAGUUGCACCCUGGCCCAGAGUUAUGGGAUUGAGUGCAGUUCUGAUUCUACUCAGAAAAUGUCUCUUUUCCAGUCUUAAAAUAGUUGCCAGCUUCUGCUACAGAAAGCCAGUCACUAAUGGCUACUAGACUCCACUUGGCGACUGGUUUGUUAUCCUAUUACUCAUUGCUGGCUGCUUCUAGUCAGGCAGAAGGGGCAUUAACCCUUCCUAUUGAACAAGUCUUGUUCCAGUCCCUGACACAGGGUGAAGUUGCAUUCUCAGGUGUUUCUCUGCUUUACCAGCAAACCACAACUGUCAGUCUGGGAACUUGUAGUUGCUAGAAGCUACUGGUUGCUAAUGCUUGUCUUAGGUGAGCAUGUCUUUUGCACAGCUUUUUCUCACACUUCACUUCUGGAUGGAACUGUCUGGUUAUCAAGGAAAGAAUUGACUUGUAAUGGCAAAUAUUAGAAUACCUACAGGAAAACUGUCCAGUUGUCUGGUCUCAGACUACAUCUUUGUUCUCCUUUGACCUGACUAUUCUUGGUGUCCUACCAUGCACAAUGUUCAUUGGAUUAUCUUUAUUUUUUUUUUUGGUCAUUAUUUAUUUUUCUAUUAGCUCUGCUGUAGUGGGAUAGUUGGUUCUGCACUGGGUGGCUGCUUGGGGACUGAGUGCAGUUCCUACCUUUCUAGCUUCAAACAUGGCAAAUCCAGAAGUCCUUGUAAUUCUGUGUUGGGAGCUAGUUGCAGCCCAGAAAUGUUCCAUAUUGUGCACACUGGCAAGAGUUGGGAUCCUAUGCAACCUUGCAGGCGGAGUUUCUGCAAGAAUAAGAUCACAAUAUUCUCCUUCCAACACACAUUGUGCUCCCUCCCACUACCCAGGGUAUGUAUGUCAUCGUAUCCAGUAGGGCAUUCCCUUUCUUCCCCACCAAUAAAGAGUUGGAGGCAAACAUGACAUAAUUUUCCAAUUCUCCUUUUUGAAUGAGACACUGAUAUAAUCUGGAGUGCCCCUAGGAAAGGGUGUUAAAAAAUCCAGUGAUUAGCUUAAUAUCCUUUCUGGAUUGUCUCAGGCUAUUCUCCUUCUCUCUCAAUAUAUUAAUGUGACGGGUUUGUCUUUCUAGCUUCUCCAAGACCAUAACUGAGAGCAGCACUUUCAGCCAGGAACAUGGAUUCACAGUGGCUGUUGGUGCAGAGAUGUCCUUCAAAGCUGGAGUCCCAUUCAUAGGAGAAAUGGAGACCAAGAUUUCCAUCAAUGUGAGCACAACUCAUACCUGGAAUUUCGCCAAGACCAAUGAAAUCCAGGUAAGGGUGGAUUAAAUAAUGGUAUCAAUAUGUAUGUUCAGAUUUUGUAUAGUUUGUUUUAGAACAUGCUCUUGCGUUAUUGGAGGGGAAGCAACAGGCAUGGUAUGUGUCCUGGCUCUACGUGUAACAAAGUAGCUAAUACCUAAUACAAGUCUCUGGUUCCUUGACUCUCAUCUCGGACAAAAGGGACUGUUUGUAAAUUGAAAAAGGGCUGCGUCCCAAAACAGUCCUAUUUUAUUUUUACUCCCACAUUAAAUGCUAUGGUAGCACACUAGCACCAUAUAUUAACCUUUGCACAUCUACAGAUACACAGCCACAGAUAUCAUUUGUUAUAUUGGAGCAGCUGUAACAAGCCACCCAUAUAACAAGAACAGCUUAAGCCUUCCUGGCCAGUCUGUACACUAUUGCCCAACCUCUACUUACAAGAGGUCAAACAAUAGAAAUAGCCUAAAGCUGCAUCAUGCUUUUUGACCCUUCUCUCAACCAGUUAAUUUGUGCAAUAAAUGGAUAUUCUGUACAGGUAACAUGUUCUUGACUAUUCAUGAUGAAAUAUUGCUCCUGCUAGUAUCUAACCAUUUGACUUCUUCUGCAGACAACCUUCUCCUCCAGCACAGAUGUGGAGGUACCAGGUGGGCAUUCAAUACGUAUGGUCGCAUCUGUGACCAAGGGAGAAAUGGAUGUACCGUUCCGUGCCAAGAUCCGCACCUUGUUUGGCUAUGAGACCAUGAUACAGGGAAUGUGGAAAGGGAUCAGUCACUAUAACUUGAUGGUCACCCAGGAAGACUACAAACCAUGAGAUGGACUGAUCCUCUGUAUGGAAUACAGUCUUGCACAGACAAAUCAAACCCUACAGAAUGCCUCUUGUUGCAUAAACUACAUCAAUUCAAUGUUCUGCCUUGGUUUAAAAUAAAAACAAAU